AUGAAUCUCCGUCAGGCGCAGCGCUCUCUAGCCGACCUGAUCUCCAAGUGCGAAGCUGCACACAUUCGACUUCCUGAGGACGCUCUCGAGGCGCGGGCUGAGGCCGUGGAAGCCAUCAUCCACUCGUUGAGAAAUGAAAAGCCAAACUUGAACGAUGCACAAGAGGAACUGCUGCAGAAGUUUGGCAUCCAGACGGAGUACCAGCAACGACUGGAAAGCGCACAAGUGAAGCGACAGCGACAGCGUCGUCGUCAACCUCUGUACACAAACACACGUGGUUGUCCCGUAGCGCCAAGUCACGAUGAUGGCAUUGAUGGAGAAGUGCGCGUGUCUAGCACUGUGACUGACAGCCUGACGGCCAAUUCCAAGCGGCCAGUUUCGAGCCAGGACUCGAGCGAGAGGGCAUCUGAUGAGGGGACACGUACCAAGAAGGCCAAAAGCUCGAGGACGACGGAUACCGUCUCCGAGUCUUUGGUCGUCACAGACGAACCCGUGCCUCCUUCUUCGUCGUGCUUCCAGUCGAGCAGCACCUGUCAAAGCGACAGCAUCUCAUCUGGAAGCCCUGGCAACGAAAUGGCGUACCUACUGGAAGACUUGGACGAAGCCGAAGGAGGGGACAGGGUCUUCUUGCACGUUGCUGCUCCUCUCGUCUAG